ACCUCGCAGGCUCGCACGCCUCCGCCGGCGCUGUCUACAAGGCGAUCAAGGACCGGCGGAGGCGCGGAGGCUCCGGAGCAACGCCGCCGGCGGAGGCCGGGCCUACGACGCCGCCGCCCGCCGGUGCCCGGUGGCACGCCCGCGCCCGUGGACCUCGAGGACCCGCCGACCCGGACUCUGGAGAUUGUUUCCGGCCGGCGGAACGCGCGGUGCUGGCCGGACACCGAGCAGGAGCCGUCGCUGUCGGGGUACUUCCAGUUCCCGCUGGUGGCCGCGACCCGCGAGGAAGGUCAGCCAAGGGGAGGCGCUUGACGGGCUGCUGGACGAGCGGCUGCACGCAGACUCGCAGAGGCGGCGGUGGCUGCAGGUUGGUCGGCGUUAACUGAGUCAGGUUGCUUGUUCGCUGCGGAGUGGGAGCUUAAUCGGCCACCAUGGAUGUCGAUAAGCAAGAAACAAUGGAGGAGACCAUCCUUGUUGGUGAUGAUCUCAUGCGAGGGCCGCCAUCACCUGUCAUACCGAAAGAGAUUGCAUCGCAUGUCCUUGAAGGCGUCGAGCUUUGUGAUGGUAUACUAAGGAAUCUUUUCUUAUGCCUGCAAAUAAAUGAUAUUGAGCCAUUCUGCCAAGAUGAAAUCGUGCUAUACCGACAAUGUGCUGAGAAAAGGGACAAGGAAAUAAGAGAACGGAUGCAAGAUAGUGAAUAUAAACUGGGUUCUUCAAUGCCUCUGGAAGAAGCAAAGGGGAGAGCUACCCAACUCCAAUCAGAAGUCACGCUGCUAGAAAGGCGCCUGAUUCUUGCAAGUGGACUUGAGGGUAUGGAAGGAUUUCGGCAGAGAUGGAGCUUGCACGGACAGCUUGAAGAUACAAGGAAAAGACUUGUGGCACUGAACCGUGGCAUUGGAAAAAGAGAGAACCAAAGUUCUAUGGGGGAAGGGACAAAAUCAGCUCCAGCUGGGAAGAGGUGGUUCUUUUGGUAGGCUGCCAGCGCCUCUUCAUGAGUUAAUGACAAUCUUGGUUGUUUCUUUAUCAGUGGAGUAGGUUGUCUAAUAUACUCUACCCUGUGCUUGCCGCGGAUUUACAGUACGCGCUGUGCAGGGUCCGCAAACCCCAAAGGCAGCCCCAUCCAGCUGUACAACCAUUUUGAUCUUUUGAUCCAGAUGUUGCGGAUAACUUAUUAGCUUCCUUUGAGCAACUUCCUGAAGCAAGAUUGAAACUGGUAGAGCUAUAAUAUGUCGACUCUACGCACCUCUAUGGUCGUACUCGUGUCUUCUGCCUCUCAACUCUCAAUAUGAAACCUUACUCUGAAGAUUCCAUUGCUUUUGUCAUGAGAUAUGUCUGGAUUGCUGACUGUGAUCUUAGUGUUGUUUGUUCCA